UUAUCACACCAUAUGUGCAGUGCACGUUUAUACAACCGAUAUGCCAAGAUAAUUACUCCAUCUUAGGACCCAAAAAAUGAUAACUAAUAAAUUGAUUAAUCAGUUUCCUUUUCAUUCUAUCAUCAAAAUGACUCCAACAAUUCUACCCCUGGCUACAUUAUUUUUAGCCUUCUCCACGCCUUAUCUAUGGAUAGCUGAAUCAGAAGAAACAUAUCAACUUCCUCAACUCAACCUUAAUUCUCACAUCCUUCAGGAGUCUAUUGCUAACCAGAUUAGCAACAAUCCAGGGGCAGGUUGGGAGGCUGCUAUUAAUCCUCGUUUCUUCAAUUUUACGGUUGGACAAUUUAAGCGCCUUCUUGGAGUCAAACAAACACCUAGGAAUGAAUUGAGUAGUAUACCCAUUGUAACUCAUCCAAAAUCAUUAAACUUGCCAAAGGAAUUUGAUGCAAGGACAGCUUGGUCCCAAUGUAGCACCAUUGGAAGAAUUCUAGAUCAGGGUCACUGUGGUUCUUGUUGGGCAUUUGGUGCCGUUGAAUCUUUAUCAGAUCGUUUUUGCAUUCAUUUUGACAUGAAUGUAUCCCUCUCUGUUAAUGACAUUCUUGCAUGCUGUGGCCUUCUUUGUGGGGCUGGCUGUGCUGGCGGUACUCCCUUUUCUGCAUGGAUAUACUUAGCUAACCAUGGUGUUGUCACCGAAGAGUGUGAUCCAUACUUUGAUCAAAUUGGAUGUUCUCAUCCUGGUUGUGACCCAGUAUAUCGAACUCCCAAGUGCGUUAAAAAGUGUGUAAAUGGGAACCAGCUUUGGGAGGAGUCAAAGCACUAUAGUGUCAAAGCAUAUAGGGUCAACCCCGACCCCCAUGAUAUUAUGGCCGAAGUUUAUAAGAACGGACCGGUUGAAGUUUCAUUCACUGUUUAUGAGGAUUUUGCUCUCUACAAAUCAGGAGUUUACAAACACAUGAUAGGUUCUGCACUAGGCGGUCAUGCAGCAAAGCUGAUUGGGUGGGGAACAAGUGACGAAGGGGAGGACUAUUGGCUUCUUGCAAAUCAGUGGAAUACAAAUUGGGGAGAUGACGGUUACUUCAAGAUGAAGAGAGGGAUAAACGAAUGCGGGAUUGAAGAUGUUGUAACUGCUGGUUUGCCUUCUACCAGAAAUAUUGUAAGAGAGGUGACUGAUAUGGAUGCUGAUGCUGAUGUUUCAUUCUGAAUGUAAAUAUAUAGCAUUACCUUAAUAGUUAGGUUUUGUGCUGAUAUUGAAAAAUAUGCACCAAAUGUUAUUAUGUGGAUCCAGAUCGACUAUGAUCAACUACAAUUUCAUAGAUGUGAAGUCUACCCUGAAGCUUUUAUAGAGACUCUCUGUAAACAAGCUCAAAUUGUAAUCAUCUUUUGCUCAGAUUUGGUGGGUUGCCUAUAAUAGAUGGAGUUACACCAUUCA